UCAUGGGUCGAAAAGAAAACCAGCCACGAAAGAAGAGGAGACACCUUUCGUCAGCACUGAUUGGCCAAUAAAACAGUUGCCCAUCGGUCGGUCGGCAGCGCUUUGUCCAAGGUGAAAGCGAACGUAGCAUUUUUUUAUGCUGUGCUAGUUUAUGCAAAGUUAAAUUGCACUUUGUUAGCAAUUUACUAUGAAAUAAGCAACAGCUUUAAUCAUGGGACUUAUCGUAAAGAGUAGAAUAAUGAAUGCAAUGCAAUUUUUUCACAUCAAACAUAUGCGGAUGUGCAUCAAACGUUCUAGAACGAUUCCUCGUUAAAAAUUCGAUAUGAUGAGCGAUAUGUAGCGAUGAAAAGUUCAUUGCUCUUGAUGGACGUGGAAUGCUGAAGUGAGAACUAUAAACGCGCCCAAGUUUCCUCGCACUCUCGUGUGCGCACUGUUCGAAAACGGGUGGUGCUCGAUGAGAGGAAUAACAAGGUGUUCUAAUGCUGCUAAUGCGCGCGAGCAAGAGAAAGCCACACCGAUUAGAGCGGGACAGGUAGCAACGGGAUGGCAGCUGCGAGCAAAAGCAUCGCGCUGACGACGAUAAUUCCGAGUAAAGAUGGCGAUUAGUGGUGUGUGCUGUCUGAUUGAAAACGCUCAGCAUUAAUUGAAGUGAAAAAGCAAAAGGCGUAUAUUUUUUUUCUGUUGCUACAAAUCCGCCACAGGAUUACGUUACAAUCAGUGCUAGACCAAGAUAACUGCAGCUGUCGACAGUGAACUUACGCGGAAGCGUCGCAGAAUAGAAGCAAUUAAGAUGCAGGGACAAAUGCCCGGUGCAGUACAGACCCAGGGUGGAUCACCACAGGCUGCUGCCCUAGCAGCACAGCAACAGCAACAGCAGCAACAAAGCAUUUCGGUGAAAAUGGAUCCAGCGAAUCAGCUGUCUUCUGCUGGUCUGUUGGAAUUGGCACACCGGGAAUAUCAAGCGGUUGAUUACGAAAAUGCCGAACGCCACUGUAUGCAGCUAUGGCGCCAGGAAAGCAACAACACGGGAGUACUUUUGCUCCUGUCGUCGAUUCAUUUUCAGUGCAGACGGCUGGACAAAUCAGCACAAUUUUCUACCCUGGCCAUCAAGCAAAAUCCACUGCUCGCCGAAGCGUACAGCAAUCUGGGAAAUGUUUAUAAGGAACGCGGACAGCUUCAGGAAGCCCUAGAAAACUAUCGCCAUGCAGUGCGUUUGAAGCCCGAUUUCAUUGACGGGUACAUCAAUCUGGCCGCUGCAUUAGUUGCAGCUCGUGACAUGGAACAGGCAGUGCAAGCGUACGUCACUGCUCUGCAAUACAACCCGGAUCUAUACUGUGUGAGAAGUGAUUUGGGAAAUUUGUUAAAAGCACUUGGCCGGCUUGAUGAAGCGAAGGCAUGCUAUCUGAAAGCCAUCGAAACUAGACCAGACUUUGCGGUGGCCUGGAGCAAUCUCGGAUGUGUCUUCAAUGCGCAGGGUGAGAUAUGGCUGGCGAUACAUCACUUCGAGAAGGCGGUUGCGCUCGACCCGAACUUCCUCGAUGCCUACAUCAAUCUGGGCAACGUUCUGAAGGAAGCCCGCAUCUUCGACAGAGCCGUCGCGGCAUAUCUUCGCGCCCUAAAUCUGUCACCCAACAAUGCAGUUGUGCAUGGAAAUCUGGCCUGCGUUUACUACGAACAGGGGCUUAUCGAUCUGGCCAUCGAUACAUAUCGGCGUGCGAUCGACCUACAGCCCAACUUCCCAGACGCUUACUGCAAUCUGGCGAACGCUCUGAAGGAGAAGGGUCAGGUGAAGGAGGCGGAAGAAUGCUACAACAUUGCACUACGCCUCUGCCCAAACCAUGCCGAUUCGCUCAACAAUUUGGCCAACAUCAAGCGCGAGCAGGGCUACAUCGAGGAAGCCACACGGCUGUACCUCAAAGCGCUCGAAGUGUUCCCAGAGUUUGCGGCCGCCCACUCGAACCUUGCAUCGGUGCUUCAGCAGCAGGGCAAGCUGAACGAAGCACUCCUGCACUACAAGGAAGCGAUCCGCAUCCAGCCCACGUUCGCCGACGCGUACUCCAAUAUGGGCAACACCUUGAAAGAGAUGCAGGAUGUGGCCGGUGCACUGCAGUGCUAUACGCGCGCUAUCCAAAUCAAUCCUGCGUUUGCUGACGCGCACAGCAAUUUGGCGAGCAUUCACAAGGAUUCGGGCAACAUCCCGGAAGCGAUCCAGUCGUACCGCACGGCACUGAAGCUGAAGCCUGACUUCCCGGACGCGUACUGCAAUCUGGCGCACUGUUUGCAGAUUGUUUGCGACUGGACGGACUAUGAGGCACGCAUGAAGAAGCUGGUGGCGAUCGUGGCCGAUCAGCUGGAUAAGAAUCGGCUACCGUCGGUGCAUCCGCACCAUUCGAUGCUGUACCCGUUGUCGCACGAAUUCCGCAAAACGAUCGCUGCACGGCACGCAAAUCUGUGCCUGGAGAAAAUAAACGUGCUGCACAAGCCACCGUACAAGUUUGGCCGUGAGCUGAAUGGCAGGUUGCGCAUCGGAUACGUGAGCAGUGACUUUGGCAAUCAUCCAACGUCCCAUUUGAUGCAGUCCAUUCCGGGACUGCACGAACGCAACCGUGUGGAGAUCUUCUGCUACGCGCUUAGCCCCGACGAUGGUACAACGUUCCGUGGCAAAAUAAGCCGCGAAACGGAACACUUCAUCGAUCUCUCGCAAACGCCAUGCAAUGGUAAGGCUGCUGAUCGAAUUCACGCCGACGGUAUCCACAUUCUGGUAAACAUGAACGGAUACACGAAGGGAGCGCGGAAUGAAAUUUUUGCUCUGCGACCAGCACCGGUGCAGGUUAUGUGGCUCGGUUAUCCCGGCACUAGUGGUGCAUCGUUUAUGGAUUACAUCAUUACGGAUGCGGUCACAUCGCCAUUGGCACUUGAGGCACAGUACAGCGAAAAGUUAGCCUACAUGCCGCACACAUAUUUCAUCGGCGACCAUCGCCAGAUGUUCCCGCAUCUGAAGGAACGAGUGAUUGUGAGCAACAAAACGCAAAGCAAUUCCCUUGCGGAUAACGUAGCCGUGAUCAAUGCGACCGAUCUGUCGCCACUGGUCGAGAGCACCGAUGUAAAGACGGUACGUGAGGUGGUGCUUGCCAACAAGCCGGUCGAGAUUCAGCACAAGGUGGCCGAGCUGCCUACGACGACACCGAUCGAGACGAUGAUCGCAUCCGGUCAGGUGCAAACCUCGCUGAAUGGUGUAGUAGUGCAGAAUGGGCUAGCAACGACGCAGACGAACAAUAAGGCCGCAACCGGAGAGGAAGUGCCACAGAACAUCGUCGUUACGACCAGGCAACAGUACGGUUUGCCGGAUGAUGCGAUCGUUUACUGUAACUUCAAUCAACUGUACAAGAUCGAUCCACUGACGUUGCAGUCUUGGGUUACGAUUUUGAAACACGUUCCCAAUUCUGUGCUCUGGCUGCUUCGUUUCCCGGCCGUCGGUGAGGCAAACAUUCAGGCGACCGCCCAGCAGCUGGGUAUUUCUGCGGGACGCAUCAUCUUCUCGAACGUAGCCGCCAAGGAGGAACAUGUACGCCGCGGCCAGCUAGCGGAUGUCUGUCUAGAUACGCCGCUCUGCAACGGACACACGACCUCGAUGGAUGUGCUGUGGACUGGAACGCCGGUUGUAACGCUUCCAGCUGAAACACUGGCAUCGAGAGUUGCCGCAUCACAGCUGGCCACGCUUGGCUGUCCGGAGCUGAUUGCCGAAUCCCGCCAGGAGUAUCAGGACAUCGCAAUCAAGCUUGGCACCGACAGAGAGUUUCUAAAAGCGAUCCGAGCCAAGGUGUGGGUAGCUCGCUGUGAUAGUCCACUGUUCGAUUGCAAGCAGUACGCACAGGGUUUGGAAACAUUGUUCUACAAAAUGUGGGAACGAUUUUCACGUGGCGAGCGACCCGAUCAUAUUUCCGCAAAUGAGAAGUAAAUGUACUUUGGUUAGGAUAAAACCCCAACCUUCACCGGUUGACAAAUGAACAGAUAAGGAGGAAACUUUCCAUGGUUCGUUUUCAAUUUUAGCGAUUUUUUUAAAGCAUAUUUCACUCUCAAUAGUGUGAAUGGGCUGAAUUACUGGUGUACUUUUGUGUGUGCGUUUGUGGUAAUUUAGUAGAAUGGGUUUUGUUGUUAAUUUUUUAAGCUUUUCCUACGUUAGGGAUGCAUACGGUCAGAGCUAUGACAGGCUUUAUUUUCUUUCUUUUUUAUUACUACACAUACGAUUUAUGUUUAUCUUAAUUCACUCCACACCAACAGAGUAAUUUUCUUUUCGGUUAUCCGUAAGAAAGUCUUUAAAAUGAUCCCUUUUGAUAGGUUCUUAUUAGGCUGGUCGAGAAAUGUUACUUAAAUUGAAAAAGGUAGCACGAUUUAAAUCAAUCUACUUUGCUUAUUUCGUGCAAGCAAACAUGUACAUAGUAAAAUGACGAAGUUACAAGUUUAUCUAGGGCCAUUAAAACAGGAAACUUUAUUCCCAUUUACAUAUGCGACACACGGUUAUGGUAAUGCAACGCUCUACGGUCUUAUUUUAACGGAAACGACAUACAAAGCAAACCUUCAACUUCUUGGAGGAUAUACAGAACCGUUUUCCUUUCCCACGUACAACAACAAACACUUGUCAUCUGUUUACCGCGAUUUUUUCCUAAAUUGUAUAUAACUUACGCAUGUCGGUAUAUUUUGUGGAAUAUUCAAGCUUCUGUAGCACUAGGUGUAAUUUAUAAGCGUAAAAAUUAGUCGAAAUAUAUUACGUCGACUCAUCUGCGAUCUACUAGAUAAGAAUUUUGAAUGAAUGUUACGAUUAAAGGAAAAAAAAGUUUACAAUUACUUUAGACAGAAAAA